AUGGGUGUUCGACCUUUGGUCCGCAGAGGUCGUGCGGUCUGGCAACAUCUGUCGAGGAAAGAUGAGGGCGAAGAUGGUGCUUCUAUUCAAAUGAGCUCAGUGCAGGAGGAUAAGGUUGGAGUGGACUUGUCUGCCCCGCCAAGUUACAGUACUUCCGAACCUCACGACCAAAUACCCGAUGAAUAUGCGCAGAGAGGUGUUCAGGAUGUCGAAGCUGUCACUAUUACUUGGUCUAAGGGGAUGUUGAUUGGAGUGUUUAUCAAUAUCUGGUUCCUGUAUUUUGUCAACGCAUUCAUUUUAACGAUCCAGAACAGUCUCAAUCCGUAUGUCACAAGCUCUUUUCAAGCACAUUCGCUAUCAGCUGUUCCCACAGCGGUCGGCGAUGUUCUGGCAGCUGCCACUUAUCUUCCCAUGGCAAAAAUGAUGGAUGUGUGGGGUCGAGCAGAGGGAGUUCUUGUUAUGGAACUCUUCCUGGUCAUUGGAUUAGUUUUGAUGGCAUCUUGCAAUAGCUUUGAAGCUUACUGUGCCGCAAAUGCCUUUUAUUACACAGGUCUCUAUGGACUGGAAUACGCAAUCGAUGUUGUGACAGCCGAUAUCUCAACGUUACAGAACCGUGCUUUUGCUUACGCCUUCACAUCGUCUCCGUAUAUCAUUACAGCUUUUGCGGGACCAAAGAUUGCUGAUGAACUUUAUUACAAUGUCAACUGGAGAUGGGGAUUUGGCAUUUGGGCAAUUGUUGCCCCUGUUGCCGCUGCCCCUCUGUAUUUUAUGCUCAAGUAUAACCUACACAAGGCCGAGAAAGAGGGUCACCGCAUCAAAAGGCCAAGCGGUCGGACAGUGUUUGAGAGUAUUUGGCAUUGGACGGUUGAAUUUGAUGUAUUUGGAGUUUUCUUGUUCACGACCGGCCUCGUGCUGUUUGAGCUGCCUUUUGAUAUUGCAGAUUAUGCACCUCAUGGCUGGGCAACAGGUUAUAUCAUCGCCAUGCUUGUUGUUGGGUUCGCCAUGUUGUUCGUAUUUGCAAUCUGGGAAAUAUGGGUAGCCCCGGUACCGUUGGUAGGGAAAGAGUGGCGCGUGCUUGCGAACCGCACUGUCAUCGGCGCAGUCCUCUUGGAUACAACGUACCAGGUUUCAAAUUAUUGCUGGAGUUACUACUUUACCUCAUGGCUCCAAGUCAACAAUGAUCUGACGAUUACAACCGCGAAUUAUGUCGAUAACAUCUUUGAUAUGGUGUCAGGCGUGCUUCUACUCUUCCUUGGUUGGAUGAUCCGCCGGAUUGGCCGUUAUAAGUGGACCCUGUAUAUCGCCGUCCCGUUAUACAUCUUCACUCAGGGGUUGAUGAUCUACUUCCGACGCCCCAACAUGAAUGUUGGUUACCAAGUCAUGUGCCAAGUCUUCUUAGCAAUUGGUGGCUCCAUCUUUAUUCUCACCGAGCAACUGGCUAUUUUAGCUACUGUGGAUCACCAACAUGUUGCCACUGCAUUGGCCAUAUUGAACGUUGUGGGUACAAUUGGUGACUCUGCAGGCCUUACCAUCAGUACCGUUAUCUGGCAAAACACAUACUUGAAGGGUCUCUACCGAUACCUCCCCGAGUCAGCCAUGUCAAACCUGGAGAACAUCUACGAGAGUCUCCCAGUGCAACGGGGUUACCCCGUUGGGUCUGCGACCAGAGAAGCCAUUCAGAAAGCGUAUGCUUACGCUGAGCUCAGGCUACUGGCAGUUGGAUGUGGUAUCAUAGUCUUGGCAAUCCCCUGGACCAUCAUGAUCAAGGAUGUGGACCUCAAGAGGAGGCAACAGACCAAGGGCAUGGUGUUCUAG